GCCAGCUCGUCCGGGUCCGUCGAGAGGCGCUUGCCCACGUUAGUCUCGACGUGCCGGCGGGAAUUGAGCUCUAUGACGUGCCCACGCAAGCGCUCGAGUCGAUGGGCGACGUAACAAGCAUUCACGACCAAGUGCUGUGCAUGUCGACCGCUCCUGUCGGCCAAAUCUUGUUCAAGUCGACGAUCGUGGUCGGCGCCCGCGUCAUGAUCUUGCGUUCGUGGGCCGGCAGCUUGUCGAGUACGACCAAGCGAUUCGAGAGCUCCAAUCCAACGUCGACGUGCUUCUGCCAACAUGUCACGAAAUCCUGUACGAGGACAACCAAGAGCUCGUGGGGCAAGGUCACUUUGGCGAUGCUGACCGCGCCACGUACGGCGGUCGCGACGUGCGUGUGCACUCGUUCAACCGAUGCCGCAUCGACUGAUUCGCAUUACAGUGACCAGGUUGGAGUCUAAACCGUGCGUGGGAGCGAGUUUGGGCGAGUGCAGCGAGAAGAUCGUCGAAGAGUUUCGGCAUGCAGCGGCAGUCCUCACCAUGUUUGGCCACCAUUUGCACCAUGUUCCGUUCGUGGGGGCGUCCACGGAUAUGUCGCAGCCGUGGUGUCUGGUCACCAAAUACUACAUCGAGGACCAGUACGGCCGCGGGUUGACGGCGCGGCAGAAAGAAGUUCUUCAGGGCGACUCGACGUCGGGUUUCGUCAACUUUCACGAAGGCGGGUUUGUCCAUCGCGACAUCGCAGCGCGAAACUAUUUGGUGGAUGCGAACAACGCGCCAAAGUUGUGUGACUUCGGUAUGUGCCGGCAGGUGAGCACCAACUGCGGGUGCACAGCGGGGUCGGCCCGAUCAAGUACCAAGAAUGGAUUGCCCUGUGCUUCCAAGAAGACCCGACAAAGCGAACGACAAGGUCCACCUCGUGAACUCGUUUCGCAAGAGCAAUUGGAACGCGUGUUCGUUCGCCAAGUGGCUGGCAUCCCAUCGAUAGCCACCUCGAUCUCGACCCAACAACGCCUGAAAGUGAAAUGCAUUGGACCACGAGCAUCGUCCAAACGGCAAAGAGCGAUCUCUACUUGAGAUCGCAUCGGUGUACUCUCGCGCAGCCCACGGAGCAGAUGCGCUAGCGUUCGCAGUCUCCACAAGAUGGAAUCUCGGCCGCAAUGCCGCCGUCGCCCAUGUACGCUCUGACCACCUCCCCACAUGCGGUGGUCAUGCCACUGCGUCCAGCAGCAGGCUGUAGUCCAGCCGUGGGGGACACAUCAGGGCAGAGCAGCAACCACGAGGCUGAAGCGCCAUGUCCAAUUGAUGCAACAACGCAUCGUUGUCUUUGACGUCGCACCUACGUCGAAGCGCACGCGACGGCCCUGCUCGCGCCGUUUCCGUCGAUCGUUCCAUAUCUCGAGAAAAUCCUUCCUGUACAUCUAAGACCAACAUUCGUGAUUCCGCCA